UCUACCUUGACACAGCUCAGUUUGCUAGAUUCUAUCACUGCUUGGUCCAUACCGGAAACCUUGCGCCGAUCGCUAGAAUUUUCAGUCUGGCACAGUGGAAUCACUUUGAUCCGAUCAUUACCAGACAACUUAGUAUCGAACGCCACAUCCGCUGAUCCCGAGGUACGUGAAUUCAUGCGCGAACUCCUAGAUUACUUCACACAUUUGGGCAACUUCUCUCCGCUUGUGGAUCCACGACUUGUUCUCGCUGUCACCGCCGAGCAAGACGCAUAUGUUCCACGGCAUGGCGUGGUUCCACUCAAUCGUCUUUAUCCGGGCUCGGAGAUCCGUUUACUACCCCAGUCCGGUCAUGUUGGAGCCUAUUUGCGAAACACCGUUUGGACCAUGGAUUUUCGGUGA